UUAAUUACCGGAGCAGCUCGCGCGCAGCAGACAGAGGAUGGUCUCGUGCUCGGCAGCAGCAGCAGGUCAUGUCCGCGCGGCGGGAGACCUGCGCGCGUGUCACCUUCAGCGGAGGAGCGGGAAGUGCAACGACGCCGGCUCGACCACCUGAGGCAGGGAUGGGCGGGGAGGCGUGUCCUCACAAGCUUGGAUCCACCAAUCACCUCCGACUUCUGCUCUACAUCCUGAUUCCCACUGUGAGCCUGCUGGCCGCCCUGCUGCUGCUCGUCCUAGCCCUCACUGGGAUAUUUGGCAGCAGCGUCUUGGACUCCAGUCCCCUCUCGUCCCCCGAGCCCAUCGCCGACAGCGACCCCGGUUACCACGGCAACAGCACAAACCCCCUCCCCACCUUUGAGGUAGAGAGCGCCACCUCCUCGCUGAGAAAACAUGGCGGCGGCGACGAUGACGUCACGCACCACAGCAAGAGCACACCUGCUGCGGCUGCCAGCACUGCCCCGCCUUCCUCAUCUCAGACCACGCCCACUCUGCCCUUCACAAAGCCUCCUGAUUGGCUGACCUCUGUGACAGCGCUAAGCUCUGCCUGGCCCAUUAGCACCACGGCGACACCUGACACAGGCAGCUGUCAGCUGAUCGCGGAGCCGCAUUGCCACAUGCUGCCCUACAAUCAAACAUGGCUAUACUCCUCCGUCGCCGUGGUGAAGAGCUCAGAGGUGGAAAUGCUGCUAAGGUUCUUCAGCUACCUCAGCAGACUCUCCUGCUACAGACACAUCAUGCUGUUCGGCUGCUCGCUGGCGCUGCCCGAGUGCAUCGCCGCCGCCGACGGCUCGCACAACAGACAGGUGGUGCUGCCCUGUGCGUCGUUCUGCGAGGCGGCGAGGGAAGGCUGUGAGCCUGUCCUCCAGAUGUUCAACGCCUCCUGGCCCGACUUCCUGCGCUGCUCUCAGUUUAGCAAUGUCACCUCCACGCCACCACCACCACUGUCAUCAUCAUCCUCGUCGUCAACGUCCGCGCCCUCACCAACAGCAGGCCCCGCCCCUUUCACUUGCUACAUGCCGCGACAGACCAAAGGGAAAUCAUCUGUGUGCGGCGGGAAUGACCACUUCCUCUGUGCGACGGGGAUUUGCGUCCCCCAGAAACUGGUGUGUAACGGCUACAACGACUGUGACGACUGGAGCGACGAAACGCACUGCGUGUGCACAGAGGGAGAGUUUCGCUGUAACACUGGUCGGUGUCUCUCGCCCGCGCUGGUGUGCGACGGUUAUGACGACUGUGGAGACAUGAGCGACGAACUCGACUGUGUGUGUGAUCUGGCUCGUGAGCAUCGUUGUGGUGACGGUCGUUGUGUGACCAGAGACUGGUUGUGUGACGGAGACCACGACUGUCUGGACAAGUCCGACGAGCUCAACUGCUCCUGUAAGAGUCAGGGUCUGCUGGAGUGUAAGAACGGUCAGUGUAUUCCGUCUGCGUUUCGUUGUGACGGCGAGGACGACUGUAAAGACGGCAGCGACGAGGAGCACUGCAGCAAAGAGCAGACUCAGGGUGUGUGUGUUCCUGGUCAGCCCAGCUGUAUCUCCACUUCCUGUCCGUCUGUGUGUGUGGGGGGCAGCAACACCUGUGACUCCCGCAACAACAACUGCACUCACUGUGAGGCCAUCAGCCUGGAGCUGUGCAUGAACCUGCCCUACAACCUGACUAGUUUCCCAAACUACCUGGGUCACCUGUCGCAGAGAGAGAGCUCCGUGUCCUGGGAGUCCUCGCUGUUCCCCGCCCUCGUCCAGACCGGCUGUUACCAGUACCUCAUGUUCUACGCCUGCACGCUGCUCGUGCCCAAGUGCGACCCCGUCAGCCUGCAGAAGGUCCCGCCCUGCAGGUCGUUGUGUCGUAACGCAAAGGAAAAGUGUGAGUCGGUGCUUGGCAUUGUGGGUCUGCAGUGGCCCGAGGACUCGGACUGUAGCCAGUUUCCAGAGGAGGGAGGAAACGCCACCUGCCUGCUGCCGGAGGCCGGCGUCGACGAGUGCUCCCCCAGCCACUUCAAGUGUCGGUCUGGUCGCUGCGUCUUGGCGUCCAAACGCUGCGACGGACACCUGGACUGUGAUGACCACAGUGACGAGGACAACUGUGGCUGCUCAGAGCGCGCUCUGUGGGAGUGUCCAGGCAGCAACGUGUGCAUUAAAGCCAGUAUGAUAUGUGAUGGCUUCCCAGACUGCCCCCUGCUGGUGGACGAGGCCAACUGCUCUGUGUGCAGAGACAACGAGCUCUCCUGUAACAACCAUCAGUGUGUUCAUCGCACACUGUGGUGCGACGGAAAGAAACACUGUUCAGACAGUUCAGACGAAUGGGACUGUGUGUCUCUGUCCGAUCGAUCAGGUUCAGUAUUGACGGUGUUCAGGACGGCAGCAGAGUAUCAGGUCUGUGCAGACGAGUGGAACCACGAGCUGAGCAAACUGACCUGUGACCAGCUGGGACUAGGGGUUCCCUCCUCUGUUUCCAUGGUAGCUGACCAACCUGGAGUCCCGGGCCGUCGUCGCUGGUUACACGUCCAUCCUGAGUGGAACCUGAGGAACAGUUCUUCUCUGCAGGCCCGACUGGAGAAGAGAAGUCAUACGUGUCAUUCCAGGAGGAGAGUUUCUGUGUUUUGUGACAGAGAAGAGUGUGGGGUUCGUCCAACUGUGGGCAUCUACCCUCACAGGAAGAAGAGGAUCCUGGGAGGACGGGUGUCCCGGCGGGGGGCGUGGCCGUGGCAGUGCUCGCUGCAGAGCGGGCAGAGUGGACACGUGUGCGGCUGCGUCCUCAUUGGCCGGAGGUGGGCUCUGACCGUCGCACACUGCUUCGAGGGGAGGGAGAGCGCCGACCUGUGGAAGGUCGUCCUGGGCCUCAACAACCUGGACCAUCCGGGCGUCCACAGCCAGAGCCGCGGGGUGCGCUCCAUCAUCGUACACCCGCGCUACAACCGGGCGGUGGUCGACUACGACAUCAGCGUGGUGCAGCUGGACUCUGAGGUGGAGGAGACGGCGUUUGUCAGGCCGGCGUGUCUGCCUCAGCCCGGUCAGCUGCCGUCACCGGACUCCUACUGUUACAUCAGCGGCUGGGGUCACAUGGGCAACAGGAUGCCCUUUAAGCUGCAGGAGGGGGAGGUCCGGAUCAUCUCUCUCGCUCAGUGUCAGUCUUACUUCGACAUGAAGACCAUCACUCCCAGGAUGCUUUGUGCCGGUUACGAAGCUGGAACCGUCGACUCCUGCAUGGGCGACAGUGGCGGUCCGUUGGUGUGCGCGGAGGAGGCCGGGCGCUGGACGUUGUUCGGCCUGACGUCGUGGGGAAGCGUGUGCUUCAGUAAAGUGCUGGGACCUGGAGUUUACAGCAACGUGACUCACUUCACCCCCUGGAUCCAACAACAGAUCUACAUCCACACAUACCUGACCGACUGACACACACACACACACAGACACACACACACACACACACACACACACGCACACACACACACACAACAAGAGCGCUUUCAUUCCAGGAGGAAGUGAUGUCAUUGUCAGUCACACACACCUUCAGUUCCUCCACCUGUGCCUAUAACUUUACAGAUGCUAACUGCCAUACGAACAGUAGUAUUAACUAGUAUUACUGAUGCUAACUCGUUGGCUAGUUGAACAAGUAAACGUCACAUUACACACUUAGUUCUAUUAUUUCAGUAUUACCAUGUAUGGAAGCAAAACAAGGACAGAAAAAACUCAGAUUAAAUAAACUUUUACAUGUCAACUGUGAAUUUACACAUUUAUUACACAAAUAUUUAAUGUUGGAAUUUAAAUUUGAUGAAUAUUUAGUUAUUAAAUGUUUAGUUAUUUAGACCAUUGAAAUGUACACAUGUAAAAAUUCUCCAUUUAUAAAAGCGAAAGUUCAAAGUAAAAGUAGCAGUAAUUCAAAUAUACUUCAUUUAAAAUUAUUAAAUUAAAAUUAAAUUUAAAAUCCAACAUCAAAUAUUAAGUAGUGGAUUCAUUUUAUUUAUUUAAAUUUUAUGAUGGAAUUUAAAUUAAAUACAAAAUGUCUUUGCUUCCAUUAACGUGACAUUUAUUAUUAUUUUAUUUGUAUUUUAGCAACAGCAGUAACUCAGAGGAAAAUCAGCUUCAGUCCAUUGUUGCAUUAAUAUUCUCCAGUGUGUGUGGGUGUUUGAUUGUGUGUCUGUGUGUGUGUGUGUGUGUGUGUCUGCUUCAUCAACACUUUUUAAACUUUAAACUUUACAUCGUUAAAACGUCAUCACAACGGUCAGACGUUUAGCGCUGACGUCCUCCAAGCUGCUAGCUUAAAACAAACCAGCCGAGCACUCAACCUCCCACAAUGCUUCACUCUAUAGUGCCUGUACUUCAACCUGUUACCUGUAGGAUGUCGAGCUGUACGAUGUCGUGCUGUACGAUGUCGAGCUGUACGAUGUCGUGCUGUACGAUGUCGAGCUGUACGAUGUCGUGCUGUUCGUGUGAGUGACACCGAGAAAGGAGUUGUUUCGUUUUCUUUGCUUCUGAACACGCUGGUAACUUGAUAGCUCAACUUUGAUGGACAUUUAUCAGUGACCUUUAUUAACACACAUUGUUUUAUUUAACGAUGUGUCGUAUCUGACGUUCACAGCCGUACUAACAUGUAUUAACAGAAUAUAAACAGUGGAUCAAUGGUGAAUAACAGACUGUAAUGUAGCUAUAAUAUUAAUAACUUAAUAUAAACAAUCAACAAAAUUAUAGUUAAACACAACUGUUGAGAAAUACUGAAAAUGAAUAAACACAAUGUCUUUAUUAACUUAUAAACAGAUAUAAAUACAAAUGAUCGAAAAAGUAAAGUGUCUGAAUUUAAAAUGUUUCAUUUAAUGUUUCAAGUCAAAAUAAAGUACAAAGGAAAAAAAAGCUAAAUUAGCUUUAACUACUAAUUAACAAACUCAACUGGCCAAACUGUAGUUUUAAAAGAAGCCAUGUUUAGAAAGCUAACUUUGCUAACUUUAGCUAGCAGACUCGCUAACACAAACUAUUAACUGCCAAAUUAGCGCCAGCUAGAAUGUGAAGCACAAAUGUAGCAUAAUGCUAAUGUAGACCAAUGAGGUGAUGUAUUUAAAAUGCUGCCAAAUGUUAGCAGUGAGCUACAUUACCUUUUACGUAGCUGACAAAACAGUGUAUAUUAGCACCACAGCUAACUGCUAAGGUUAUGAAUGAGUCUCUCCCGAAGAGUUUGAAGUGAAUUAAAAAGUGAGAAUUGUGUUAGUUAAAUAAAUGAUCCUCCCAAGUGUUGCGUGGAAACUUCAUGAAUUAAAAUUAGCCUCAUUUUUAUUGUUUAUUUGAUCCCAUUUAGCUUCUGCUGCAGUUUAAUCUGUGUUAAUUCAAGACAUUUUCACAUUUUACAAGGACAUCAAAUAUGUCAGUAAUAACCAUAAAAAUCACCUUAACAAACUGAUAAAUUGAGGGUGAUUUGGUCAGGAUGCAGAAAGUUUUACGGAAAUCCUAAAUCUUUCGUUUAAAAUUUCGUUGAGAAAGUGGAAUCCGAAACGAAAACUCAUUAUAGGGCAACAUGUUGCGCCCGACACGUUGCCCGACACGUUGCCCGACACGUUGCCCGACACGUUGCCCGAUGUGUGUGUGUGUUCCAUGCCAACGUCAAACUGACAUCCAGAACAUUCCAAGUGGUCGUCAUCGUUCUGUGUGUUUGGUUUUUUAAGAGUAUUUUUCUACAGCUUUUUGUAUGUCAGGCUUCUUACACUGUGUGUGUGUGUGUGUGUGUGUGUGUGUGUGUGUGUGUGUCUGUGAACAUGCAGUCACGUGUGCAGACUAUGUUUGGUUGUAUGUGAUUUGGCUUGCGUGUGUGUUUCUGAUGUCACUUCCUGAUUUGGCUCUGUUACCAUGAUGAUGAUGAUGAUGAAGAAGAUGUUAUUGUUUGAUGACGUUGGAUUUAAAUUGAAAUGCUUUAUGAACUGUAGCCUCUAAUGUUUGUGUAACAGUGAAUAAUUGGUUUGUAUCACAUUGUAUCCCACAAAUAAAAGUAUACACACACA